AUGAACCCGUACCUCACCCUCGCGCUCGCCGGCGUCUACUACACCCUUUACUACCUCCUCGUCUGGCCCCUCCUCCAGCUCUACCACGGCCUCCUCGCAGUCCUAACCCCCAUAUCCAACGCGCUCGGCUUCCUCCUCCUGCCGCUCACGACGCUAGCCCACUCCCUCAUCCGCGCGCUGCUGUAUCCCUUCGGCCUGAUCCCCAACUUCGAGACUCUCUACAUCUACCUCGGCAUCGCCUCCAUCCUGGGCCUCGCCGCCGGCCUCGUCCUCGCGCUCUCCUACGGCCUCUUCGUCCGUCUGUUUCAGCUCGACGCCCCGAGCGAGGCACAAGACCCACGCCCCGCAGCGCGGACCGCGAAGGAGUAUCGGGAGGCGCGGCAGAGGAAGAAGAAGGAGCUGGCGGAUCCGAUCUUGGCGUACGGGUAUGGCGGACCGAGGACGGGGACGGAGAGUGAGCGAGGACGACAGGGCGGAGGAGGGGUGCUUGAGCAACCGAUUCUCGAGGUCGCGGAAUAUGAAGAGGAGGAUGAUGUUGAGUGGUAG